AUGACCACUCCAAUUCCACAACCACCACCAUAUCCCUUUAUUGGCAAUAUCAGAGACCUCGAUCCUCAGAAUGCCAUUCUGAGUCUUGGUAAACUGGCCAAGCAAUAUGGUCCAAUCUUCAAACUGUCAUUCUUUGGUAAUACAAGGCUAUUCGUCAAUUCAGUCGAACUUUUGAAUGAGCUUUGCGACGAGAAAAGAUUCACCAAGUCCGUUUCCGGCGCAUUGGAUCAGAUUCGUAACGGUGUUGGCGACGGCCUUUUCACAGCAUACCAUGGAGAGCACAAUUGGGAAGUUGCUCACCGGACGUUGGUGCCAGCCUUCGGACCGAUUGGCAUACACGAUAUGUACGAUGAAAUGUACGACCUCGCCACCCAGUUGGUCGCAAAGUGGGCUCGUGGAGGUCCUGAAGCAAGAAUAAAUGUCACAGAUGAUUACACGCGACUCACACUUGAUUCGAUUGCUCUUUGUGCAAUGGGUAAGAGAUUCAAUUCGUUCUACUCGGAAGAAAUGCAUCCAUUCGUGGGUGCUAUGGUACGGUUCUUGGUGGAAUCUGGCAUGAGACCACGAAAGACGAGACUCGAAUCCUUCAUCUGGAGGGAACCCGAGCGACAAUAUUUCAAAGAUAUCGAGUACAUGAAAGGCGUGUGCAAAGAGCUGAUUGAGCACCGACGGGCCAACCCUGUGGAGAAGAAAGAUCUGCUCAACGCGAUGCUGUUUGGACGAGAUCCGAAAACCAAAGAAAGAUUGACCGACGAAAGUGUCGUGAACAACAUGAUCACUUUUCUGAUUGCCGGCCACGAAACAACGUCUGGAAUGCUCUCCUUUAUCACAUAUUACCUGAUCAAAAAUCCCAAUGUAUGCGACAAAGCGCGUAAAGAAGUCGACACCGUCGUGGGAACAGGCCCUGUGACUGUUGACCAUAUCACAAAACUGCCCUACUUGGAAGCAAUCAUGAGAGAAACCCUCCGCCUGAAUCCCACAGCACCAGGUUUCUCCAUCACCACCCUUCCGGGAAAUGGAGAUGAGGUGAUUGGUGGAGGAAAAUAUCACAUCCCUAAUGGAACCACUAUUUUCUGCAACCUGCCUGCUGUAGGUCGCGAUAAAACGGUGUUUGGAGAGGAUGCCGAUGAGUUCAGACCAGAACGGAUGUACGGCGAGAACUUCACAAAACUACCACCCAACGCUUGGAAGCCUUUUGGAAACGGCGCGAGGGGCUGCAUUGGAAGACCGUUUGCAUGGCAAGAGGCCCUCCUCGCCCUGGCAUUGGUAUUGCAGAAUUUCGACCUUAGGCCCGCCGACCCAUCGUAUGAGCUGCAAAUCAAAAGCACAUUGACAAUCAAGCCUGGAGAUUUCUAUAUCCACGCUUCUCCACGUGAUGGGGUAGAGGUACUCAAUAUUGAGAGGAAAUUGUAUGAAGGUGUGCAUGCUUCACAAUCGCGCCAAGCAGCACGCACGACCAAAGCAGAGAAGCCAGCUUCUGGAAAGCCUCUGUUAGUUCUGUACGGUUCAAAUUCGGGCACAUGCGAGGGCCUCGCGCAGAAGCUUGGGCAAAGCGCUGGUGGGCAUGGAUACGCACCCACUGUCAUUCCUCUUGACGAUGGUAUCGAAGCAAUUCGCAAGGACGUCCCCGUCGUCAUUGUGACGGCGAGUUACGAGGGCAAUCCUCCUGACAACGCAGAUGCUUUUGUGAGUUGGCUGAAGGGCGUUGACAAGGAGAAGAUACAGGACGUGAAAUUUGCCGUAUUUGGUUGUGGUCACCAUGACUGGGUUGCUACAUAUCAGAAAGUCCCCAAGCUUAUUGAGAAUGAAUUGCUUGCCAGAGGUGGCAGUCGGAUCACCGAGCGAGGAGAGUCCGAUGUGGCUCAAGGAAGGGUGUUCGACGACUUCGAUACCUGGCAAGACGAGUACCUCUGGCGGGUGCUUGCGGCUGACAGUGGAACACAAUCUCAGACAACUGAACCUCUCAACAUGGAAAUGGACAGCAAUGCUAGAGCUUCACACCUGCGACAUGACGUGCAGAAUGCACGAGUACUGAAGAACGACUCGUUGACUCCAGCUGGCGUGCCUGAAAAAAGAGUUACGGAGUUCGAAUUGCCCAAGGGAAUGUCAUACGAAGCAGGAGACUACCUCGCAUUGCUACCCGUGAGCAAUGUGUCGACCAUCGCAAGAGUGCUGAGAAGGUUCGGUCUCGCGUGGGAUGCCACCAUGACGCUCCACAAAGGGGCGCACACCACCAUCCCUACCGAAAUACCCAUGUCCGUUACGACGGUACUGGGCAGCUACGUCGAGCUGAACAGUCCAGCAAGCCGCAAGAACAUUGCAACUCUCAGCAAGUACGCCCAGGGAGACAAAAGCAUUGAUGAGAAAGUCCUGGAUCACGCUCACCCGCCAUCGAUACUCCAGCUCCUGGAAAAACACACGGACAUCAAACUCCCCUUCCCGGUCUUCCUCGCCAUGCUCAAUCCCAUGCGCAUCCGGCAGUACUCGAUCUCGUCAUCCCCGCUCCUGGACGCCACAAAAGCUCGCAUCGUCUACUCCGUUGUCGACGCAGACCCCGCCCAUCUCGGCAUAGCCACAAACUACCUGAAAGCCCAAUCGGCGGGCUCGACCGUCCAAGUCAUGAUCAAGAAAUCGCACGCGUCGUUCCAUCUCCCCACAGACCUCAAGACCCCGAUCCUGAUGCUCUGCGCGGGCACGGGCCUGGCUCCCUUCCUGGGCUUCAUCGAAGAGCGAGCCGCGCGCAUCGCCGCCGCCUCCAACAACAACAACAGGGACGAAAUCGGCGAGGCCGUCAUCUUCAUCGGCUGCCGCGACCCGGACCAAGACCGCGUGUAUGCGCAGCAACUCGACCAGUGGCAACGCGACGGCGUCGUCAAAGUGUACUACGCGUUUAGUCGGCGGGCGGAAGAGUCGGCCGGCUGCAAGUACGCGCAGGACCGGCUGUGGCAUGAGCGUGCCGAGGCGAGCAGGCUGUUCGCUGGCGGUGCCCGAGCUUAUAUCUGUGGCAGUAGUGCGUUGGGUAAAGGGAUUGCAGAGGUGGUGGCUAAAAUUGCGGUCGCUGAGGCUAAGGAGAAGAAAGGGAAGGAUAUGAGCCUGGAGGAGGGCCUGAUGUGGUGGGAGGGCCUCAGGGGUGAGAGGUAUGCUGUUGAUGUUUUUGAUUAG